UCAUUUGCCACAGCACACAUGGGAGUAAAGUAAAAGGAAGCCACGUUGACACGAGAGGUGUUUCCCCCCCGUUUUUUUGUUUAUUUUUUAUUCUGACCAGUCAGUUAGUUUUUUUGUUAACGCAGGAGUUUUUGCUGCAACAUCUUGGAUCAGAAACGCCACAUCAUCUGGCAGGAUGAGUGUUGGAUUCAUUGGAGCAGGCCAGUUGGCUCAUGCCCUGGUGAAGGGUUUCACUGCUGCAGGUGUGAUAGCGGCACACCGGAUUACAGCCAGCUCCCCAGACACGGACCUGCCUACAGUGACCGGGCUCAGGAAAAUGGGGGUGACUCUGACAACCAGCAACAAAGAGGCUGUCAACAAGAGUGAUGUGCUCUUUUUGGCUGUGAAGCCCCACAUUAUCCCCUUUGUUCUGGAUGAGAUUGGGCCAGACAUAGAGGACCGUCAUCUUAUCGUCUCUUGUGCUGCAGGUGUUACCAUCAGCUCCAUAGAGAAGAAGCUGCUUCAAUACCGUUCAGCUCCUAAAGUCAUGAGGUGUAUGACAAAUACCCCAGUGGUUGUGAGGGAAGGAGCAACAGUGUAUGCCACUGGGACACAUGCAGAGGUGGAAGACGGCAAGUUACUGGAGCAGCUGAUGGCCAGUGUGGGUUUUUGCACAGAGGUGGAGGAGGACCUGAUUGAUGCUGUCACUGGUCUGAGUGGCAGCGGUCCUGCCUAUGCAUUCACUGCGCUGGAUGCUCUGGCAGACGGAGGAGUGAAGAUGGGUCUACCCAGAAGACUCGCUGUCAGGCUUGGAGCUCAGGCCCUGUUGGGAGCAGCUAAGAUGCUUCUGGACUCAGAACAGCAUCCAGGUCAGCUGAAGGAUAACGUGUGCUCACCGGGGGGCGCUACCAUCCACGCCCUGCACUUCCUGGAGAGCGGUGGCUUCCGCAGCCUCUUAAUCAACGCAGUAGAGGCUUCCUGCAUCAGGACACGGGAGCUGCAGUCCCUGGCAGACCAGGAGCGCAUCUCUCCAGCAGCCAUUAAGAAAACCACUCUGAACAAAGUGCUGCAGCAGCCUGGGGUGACAGUCAGCGGAGUCGCUAACGGGAAUGGCAGGUCAAACCUCAACUUAUUCAACAAUCGCACCUCUGGGGUCAAAAAGAAGAACUGAGACGAAGCCAUACACACAAACAUGUUACAGAUUAUUAGUGUACCAGUGUGUGUACCUUUGGACUUACAUGCAUCUUAAACAGCUGUUCAGCCACAGAAUUAAACUCAGGACUGCUUUAAAUCACAUCCAAAUUCAUUUGCCAUGUUAUUUAUUCGUACUUGAGUCAAAUGCAGACGUGGGACCUGGUGGUGACAUCAUCACAUUAAACACAAGGUGUGUUCUGCAUGCACAGCUCACAGAUACAGCCCUAUGUUUGAUGUGGGAUUCCUGGCAACAUGUACACAAAUUCAGAUAUAAACCCAAGAGCAAAACUGUGUUUGCAAUCCAUCUGUAUGUGUUGGGCGCUGUUAAACAGUAAUGACCCAGUGGCCCAUCAUGGGAUCUGAUGCACACCAGGUAGCAGAUGGCUACUGGGACAUCAAGCUGUCAAUGUAUGUUGUCAAUAUUUGUCUUCAAAAAGUGAAAACCUCAGUCUUUUUCAUCAUGUACCCCUUUACUUUUUGCAUAAAAUCAUUUUUGUUUAGUAAGCGAACGGACUGAAUGUAGAUAGAACAAAUUGUUUUCAUUAUACAAAACCAGUGUUAUAUUUUUUAGGGCAUUGGUGCCUUUGGCCUUGUGACAGAACAUUUUUUUUUUUCUGCAGGUCAUUUUUUAAGCUUUAAAACAUCUUGUGUUUGACAAAGGCAGUUUUUACAUUUUUCUUCAUCAGGAAAUAUGGUGUAAUUAUCUUGAAGUGCUCAAAUAAAGCUUAAAUCUGCACAAUGAAGCAGGAUGUGUGAUGCAAAGGCUUUUGGUCAGCCCUCAGUCUGUUCUGUGCUGUACUUGUAUCCUCAUAAUUCAACAUGGUAUGUACUGUUUGGUUCAGCACAUUGGUCGCUGAACUGGUAGUCAAAAGGUUUAUAUUAAAAAAGCUGAAUCUGUU